AUGGCCGCUUGCUGCGUCGCCCUGCCCGUCACGCCUCCGGCUCCCGCUCCGCCGUGCACCUGCCGUCGUAUCGCCGAGGGCUUCCUGUGUCCAAUAAAGAAGGAGCUGCCGCUUGACCCGUGCCGCUCGGCGAUCGAGGAGCUUGUGCGGAGCGGCCUCGUUGACGACCUCGCUGACAGCUGGAUCGAGCGCAUACGACACGAGGCCACGGUCGCCGAGAUCCGGCGCCGCGCCGAGGCGGGUGAGGUCGACGCGAUGCUCAAGCUCGGCGCCUGGCAUCACACGGGCCAGAUGGGGCUCCCGAUGUCGCACGCGGAGGGCUUCCGCUGGUGCAGGCGGGCCGCCGAACUGGGUUCACUUUAUGCCUACGCGAGCGCCGGCUUGUGCCUUGUCGGCGGCAGGGGUGUGGAUGCGGACGUGCCGCAGGGGCUGAGCCUCAUCUCGGCGGCCGCGGUGGGCGGGCUCGAGUUCGCGUCGAACUGGCUCGGCGAGUGGUUCCUCGCCGGGCAGUAUGGUCUGCCCAAGGACCCGAGCAGGGCAGCCUACUGGUUCGCAAAGGUGGUCGACGGGGCGGCUCACUCGCUCGACGGCGCUGCCUGCCCUCGCGUGCGCGGACACCGUGAGCGUGCCGCCGAACGGCUCUCACUACUGAGCGCUAUCUGCACUCCCGCUGGCCCCGAGGAGGCGCUGCCGGAGUGCAUCAAGGGCGAGGCCGGAGGCACUCACUGGGUUGGGCGAGCCUAG